UGGAUUUCCAUGGAGACAGGAGCAGGAAGUAUAAACGAGAAAUCCGACUUCAUCUCUCUCUCCACGGGCGCCACAGCCGGAGCCUUCGAAGAAACGUCCCCGGGCGCCUUGGUGCGCGCGCUGAGUGUUCGGGCAAGUUUCGGGGAGGAGGCGGAGGGUGCCGCGUUGCCGCUUGCGAAGGAAGCAGCCUGAGAAAAGGGUGGGAAGCUGUGGGGGGAACCGUCGCCUCUCCCUCCUCAGAUGGGCGCAGGAAGGGAGGGGACAGAGAGAGAGUAGAGGAAGAGUUGGGUGCGUGUGCAGGACUCUUUAGAGUAAAGGACCCUCUUUGCUCUUAUAUGACGACACGACGCCCCUAGGAGGGCAAGAGUCCCUUUAUCCACAGGGUAGAGGAGAAAAGUUGAGAUGGUACAACUUUUCUCUCCCAGUCAAGAAAAACUUCAUUGUGCCCUUUUUGCAGGUAAAAGUUCAUAGGGCAAGUCUUGGGUUGCUUCUUUUUUUAAUGGGUCCAGAGAAUAUUCCCUAGGAAACUAUUAGCAAGCUGGCUGGCUCAUUAUACUGAGGCUGCUUCCAGCCUGAUAUAGCGGCAACUUCAGGUUACACAAUUUCAGUUGAUUGGGAGGUCCUCGCCAAAGAAGCCCCAAACGUUCCCCAAAGAACUUGGAAAUCUGCCAGAGGGAUGACCCUGUGUUUCCCCACGUUCUCUGGUCCUAAUCUCAGUCAUGGCUAUGCAAGAGCAUCUGAAGGUGAAAGAACGUCAUCGCCGUCCCAUAACAGCUCUUGGCUACCAUUCAGCCCGACGGGAGUGCCUCACCGGCUUUGAAGAUGGAGUGAUCAAAUGGUGGGACGCGGAGAAUGGGCACAUGUCCCUCUGCGCCAAGGAGCAUGCUGGCCGAGUCACCCACUUCCAGUCCUGGGCGCAGGCACGACUCCUCUUCUCUUCUUCCAAUGAUGGCUCCGUGCUCGUGUGGGCUGUAGGUGGCACUGUGCUUGACCGCAUCCUGCUAGGGUACCCUAUCUUCACCUUGUCCAUCAGCCUGGCUCGGCAUCUUCUGCUUUGUGGCAGCAAGGGACGCCUGAUGGCUUUCCCUUUGGAUGAAAGGAGAGAAUCUGGCCACGUGGUCCACAUGGCCCGGGGCUUUUCCGAGCACACACACACAGACAUUGUGUCCUGCAUCGCCUGCCUGGACAACCAAAUAUACACAGCAGGGUAUGACAAGAAGCUGCUGAUCUUUGACACCUAUCAAACUCCAGGCAAGAAGGGCCUGACAACCAAGCACUGCAUCCCACGUGCCCAUCGUGCAGCCAUCACUCACCUGCUGCUGGUACGGCAGCAAGAAACCACAAGGGUGCUGUCAGGUUCUUUUGACCAGACAGUUGGCAUCUGGUCCCAGGAUGGGAAGCUCAUCCAGCGCCUUGGCCCCUUCACCGGGAACAUUACUGGACUCUGCUACGUGGCAUCUGUUGGCAUCGUCUGGAUCACCAGUGGUACAACCCAGCCCACCCUCUAUGAGCCUCAGUCUGGGGAAAUAGUUUCACAGUUCAUAUCCACAUUCCAAGGCCAACAGAAAGAUGGGCCUGCUCUUCAGCAGCUUCUCAGCCUGCCAGACUCGAGGCAUGUGAUAGGCACGGCAAAGCCGCAGCAAAUACUCGUCUGGCGCUACAGCGAGUUGGGAUGCCUGACAGUGCUGCCUUGCAAACACCCCCUAGAGUGCCUAACUUAUGCCAAAAAGGAGCCCGUUUUGCUCUUCAGUGGGGACAGCAGUGGGAUGCUACAGAAGUGGGAGAAGAGCUACAUCUCUCCCUUCAUCUACAGCAGGGAGUCGUUCCACCUAAGUGAAGCCCAUCUGGAAAGAAGAGGCCCCUUGGCACAGCAGAGGGAGGAGGAUGGCAAGGAGAAGCCACAACCUCGUCCAGAUUCCCCUCGAAAACAAGGAAAGGCCUCAGCUGGGCAACAGAGUGGCUACACCAGGUUCCGAAGAGUAGCCAAAGACACGCGAAAAGGAAGCAUAGGAUUCACUAGGGCUCUCUUUGCUGAAGAGUUGAAUAUCCUGGUGGUGUCGGCAGCUGAUGGGAACAUUUAUCUCUGGGAGUUUGAGAGCUUCAUCCCAGGCGCUGAACCUUCUGCCCAGCAAUGCCCACCUGUGUUGGAUCAAAAUUCUGAAACAUUGGCAUCAAGCUGUGUCCAAGAUGAGAAGACCCAGGGCACUUCAAGCAGUUGUGUAGCAGGUUUCACCUGCAGAACGGUGCUGUGCGGGCACACAGGCAUGGUGACGGCACUUGCUGUGGCAGCCGGCGAAGCUGGACUGUAUUUCCCCUACCUGCUCAGUGGGGGAUGGGAUGGAAAGCUGUGUCUUUGGGACCUGCACAACCGCUCUUUGCAAAAUGCCUUUUCCAGUCUACCUGAGGACAACGGGCCCAUCCUGGAUAUGGCCUAUUCCCCAAAGAGGAGGGAAUUUGCUUUCUCUUCUAGCACUGGCAGAGUUUUUAUCUGCGCUUUCAAUCCUCACUGUGCUGAUCUGGUGCUCCUGGCUGAGCUCUGUGGGCACAAAGCCGCUGUCGUAGCCUUGGUCUGGCACCCACUAGAGGACAAGUGGGUUAGCGGUGCUGAAGAUGGCUCCAUUCGGCUCUGGAGCGAAGAUGGUGGAUGCUGUGUGCAGAACCUGAGAGCCUCCAGAGGGAUCACUUGCCUCUGCAUCGACCAGGUCAAUGGCUGCAUUCUUGCAGGGGUCCAUGAUACCAUCAGGUACACAUCUUUGAACAGGCUGAUGGCUCUGCCCUUUUCUCCCUGCAGGGUUUAUGAUCCAAAUUCUGGAGUGCAGGUGCAAAGUUACACAGGGCACCAAGAUUCCGUCAAGGGACUCAUCCAUGUCCCAGAAAUGGAGCAGUAUGUGUCGGUCUCUCUGGAUGGUACAGUGUGCAUGUGGAAGGCCUAUCGCCCGGAGGAGCAGCUCGAGGCCCAGGUCAGGUGGUGACUUCACUCUCCUGCUGGGUGCUACACAGGACCUAGACUCUGAGACUCCCAGCUUCCAUUUUAACAAAGAGCACAUUUCCACCCUUUGCGGUUGUGCAGGAAAGCUUCAAAAGACAGCAUGCUCAGAAGCUAGUGAAACAGCUAGGUGGGGCUUCCAGUGGUCAAGGGUGAGGCUUCUGUGCUCUGGUGCUUCCUGUCCCCUCCCCAUAGUCCUUGCUUCUGUCUCUCUCUUUCCUCCCCUUUUACUGCCGUCACAGUCCCUGCAAGCAUAUUCUGUGAAAUGACAUUUGCAAUGAGAAUAACUUCUGCCGACCAAGAACACAUAAGCUAAUGUGGAUAAUUAACUGUGAUCUUUCUUUGGUGCUGUCCUCUGCCCAUGUCCAUGUCCUGCUGCACUUAAAUUAGAUUUGAGCUUACACAUUCAAGGCAGAAUGUAAGAACUUCAAAAGACCAGGCACAGUCAGUGAUUAGCUGCCCCCAGCCAUCCUGAAAUGUGGCAGGAAGCUUUCAUGUCAAUGAGUCAUCUCUGUGUAAGCAAUUUGCGCUCAUAUUCUAAGAAAUAAUGCAGCCUAGCCAGGAAAGGUUAAAAAAUUAAAAACAGCAGUAAACGCUAUUGCAUAUUGAUUGAAAUUCUUUUCUGGACACAUGAUCAAAGUUGUUAGUGCAGUAAACAUGCAGCUGUUAGCUACUGGCUAGGCAGAGCCCAGACAUCUUCGCCUCCAGUAUGUGCUUCAGUUGCAGCAACACCACAUUCCCCGUUCUGUACAUGCCGUGCUUUGAAUCUGAGAAAAUUAAUUUUGUCUCCCAGAUAGUACAUGCACCACUAUUGUGAUUAUUGCUGGAAUGUGAUUAUACACGUGUUAGGGGCACCUACUUACCGGCAAUGAGAAUGUUGAUGAGCAAUUAAAACUCCCACACUGCUUCUGUGAGAGCCAGUGUGGUGUAGUGGUUAAGAGCGGUAGACUCGUAAUCUGGGGAACCGGGUUCACGUCUCCGCUCCUCCACAUGCAGCUGCUGGGUGACCUUGGGCUAGUCACACUUCUUUGAAGUCUCUCAGCUCCACCCACCUCACAGAGUGUUUGUUGUGGGGGAGGAAGGGAUAGGAGAUUGUCAGUCACUUUGAGACUCCUUCGGGUAGUGAUAAAGCGGGAUAUCAAAUCCAAACUCUUCCUCUUCUUCUUCUUCUGUCUGUACAAUUGUGUGGCUUUCUUCUUAAUGUUGUUACGUAUCUAUUUGCAAACAUUCGCCUAGCAUGUGUAGGACAUGCCUACUGGGGAACACAGAAAUCUGCUUCAUGUACCCAUCUAGCUCAGCAUUGCACACUGACAUUGGCUUUCCGGGGUCUCAGAUUGGAUCCUUUCCCAGCCAUAUGUGGAGAUGGAAGGGACUGAACCUGGGACCUUUUGCAUGCAAAGAAGAUGCCCUACCUUGGAUCUAUAGCCACAUCCCACUGUGAGUGACACAGGUGCUGCUCUUAAUGCUUGUUAUGAAGACCUGAAUGCACCAGUUAGGCUGCAUAUAAAGUUUGAUAACCAGAGCUAAAACCUGUGCUUGCAGCAGAACAAGCUCUAGGACAAUGGAGUCUAAUUCUCUCUGUGAAGCCUGUUUUUGUUCCCUCUUGGUUGCUAGGCAGUGGUGCAAGAAGAAAAACAAUCUAUUGUGCCAGAAUGCCAUCCUGUGUGGGUAUGCCAAGUUGGCAUUCACAGGCACACAGGCCAAAGCAGUGAGUUCUUUCCCCCUGACAUCAGCUCUGCUGUCCGGUUGUAUUAAUAUCAGCAUAUACUUGUUUUGGGAACCACAUGCCACUUUUGAGGGCUACGUUGUGGCUUUCAGUGCUAUUUCCUUAUCAGGGAUUUUUCCAUUUUUACUAUUUUGAGAACAGAGCUGAUUGCAGAGGAACCAAGAAACAUCACGUGCCCAUGGUAACCAACUGGUCAAGUGAUGCUGACCACCAGUCUCAAGAUGAUGCUUGCAAUGAGAGUAUCCAUCUGCACUGCUAAUGGAUGCUAUCUCUGUUAACUGUUAUAGUGCUGAAUUCCCUUGUAUUGCCCCUCAAAGAUUCAUGGAAAAGGGGAUUUCCUUAUUUCUUGUCCAGUUGUUCUGCGUGUUGCAGACAGUGCUACAGCUGUAUAAUAAACUUACUCUUCUGUUCUCGCUACUCAUGAAUUGUACGCUCUCUUGUUGCUGCAACAGAUCCAAACUUCUGGGGCUUGGAAGCAGGUAACUGAGACCAUCAAGUGACUUGCAAACUUUAGGGACUCCUGUUGCUGUGCAGAAUGGGAACUCUACUCCAAAAGCUUGUCCUGUUCGCUAUGUCGCCUGAUCCCUUCACCCUGCCAAUUUAAUACUAUAUGUGCAUCUUGCCCCCCAGCCUCUUUUAACUUCUCUAGUAGUAAAUAUCCUUUGAGCAAGUAGAGCAGGGAUGGGGAACAUGUUACCUUCCAAAUGCUAUUGGACUACAACUCCCAACAUCCCUGGCUGGGGCUGAUGAGGGUUGGGUCCAAACACAGGUCCUCAGCCCUGUUGCAGGGCAUGCCUUUUCUUCACUAAGCAUCUGCCACCCAUCCUCACAUACUUUGAGCAAAGUUUUCCCACCAGAGUACUCUAACCUUCUGACAGUUCCAGUUUAGACAAGAUGUUUGUCACAGGGUUUGACCUUGUGUGGCUAUUGGGGUGUCAUUGCUGGCACAUAGUGGGUAGAGCAGCUAGGGAGCAUGGAGAGGGGCUUUAACCCUCAGCCCUCACCACCCAUCACUCUGGUCAGCAUCCUGUAAGUCCAUCCCUGCUUUUUACAAUGGAAGGAAAUCUCUUAGGGGCACUGAUGAGAGCUUUCCUCUCAAUGUGCGUGGCUGGUGCUGGAGAAGGGGAAAUUCGGAUCAGGAUCAUAGUAUGAGCAAAGGGUGUUAGCUCACCUUCCUGAGGCAACAUCCCCCUUUGCACCUAAUUCCUUAUUUUUUAAAAAAAAUCAGCCAUACAAGUCCAAAUGUACUAUCUAGCUUAGCCCUAGCCUGGAGGGUAUGAAAGCACGCAUCGCUGAGGCCACUCUAUAUCUGCCAGGGCUGCUUAACCAGCCUAAGCUGUUAAAAAAGUGCUCUGUGCCACAGAGGAAACUUGUUCCUCUGGUGACAAAAUAUGGUUCAAGGAGCACCCUGAAACAAUAAACCUGUUCCUUCAGAGGGAAUGCAACCCCAUUAAAAAUGGGAUGAAUACCCCUCCCCUUGGCAGACAAGCCACUCGCCAAGAGUGACUCAGUCUUAUCUGGAUUGAGCCUCAGUUUCUUGGCUCACAUCCAGUCCAUGACUGUGCUGAAGAAGCUCUUGUUCAGCACUUCCUCAAAGCAGAUGGAUUUAGAUGAAUUGGGCUUCCUGCCUCACCUGUCAAAGAGAACUGGACCUGAGGGUUAUCCGCUUAUUGAUGACUCCUGGUGGCAAAUCUCUGGAUGACAUCACUCAGUCAUUUCGGGUAGUUGAAAAGCACAAGGAACAAGACCGAAACCCGUAGCGCAAAUGCUCAAGCACUACAUUCUGACAGAAGCUAUCCAGGUAGCAGUGGAACCAUUGUAAAAUUGUGCCUCUAAUUCUCAGUCCAGACGGUCUACCCAGACUGAGAGUUCGAGAAGAAUAAACAAGGCAGCAGUCCUCCUUUCUCCUGGCAUAAGUCAUCCAUCAGGGUGACUGAAGUAGAUCCAGAAAAUCAGUUGGCACCAGAUUUGUCUUGAAACUGUUUCUUAAAUCAAAGAACAAUGCCAAGCAGCCAUUGCAUCCCUGUUGGUUGGAAUUCUCCUACAAUGGGCCUAGAAGUUCAGAGAGCCCAGUGAAUCUAUUCAAAUGAAAGCGGGAUCAAAUUGCCUUUCAUGCAAUUACAUGAAUUCAGAUACAGUAUACGGUACAUGGAGGGUGGUUGGCUGUGGAAGGCUGGAACAUAAAAUUACGUGUGACAAAAAAAUUAUUUUGAGGAAAAGUGGAAUGCCCUACAUUUUCUUCUGGUGGGUCUUGUGGUAAUCCUGCUCCUUGGUUUUUUUACUAUGUUCAGUGGUCCCACAGUAAUUAGUAUUACAAUAUACUGUAUAUUCCUGCGUAUAAGAUUACUUUUUAACCCAGGAAAAUCUUCUCAAAAGUUAGGGGUCGUCUUAUACGCCGGGUCGUAUUUCUUAUACGGCGAGUAUAUCCCAAACUCUAUAUUUUAACUGGAAAAGUUGGGGGUUGUUUUAUAUGCCCAGUCGUCUUAUACACCGGAAUAUACAGUAUCUAUGAAGAGUGCCCCUUCCAAGAAAAGCAGCUCCAAAAACCUUUAAAUGGCUCUGGUUAGCAUUAGAAAAUGUAAACGAGUGGUUCCCCCCCCUUCUUUUUCCUUUUCCCCAUAUAUAUGUAUGUAUGUAUGUAUGUAUGUAUGUAUGUAUGUAUUAUUAAAUUUUCUGUUUUACAAUUUAAAAUACUCAUUUAAACAUCCUUAAAAUGUCAAUGACUUCCCUUCUCUUUCCAUGGUUCAUUUUGCAUAUCAUAAAUCCCUGCAUAUUUUACAAAAACUAAACCAUUAUUACAUCCAUCAAAACUUAUUUACACUUUUUUGAAUAUAUCUUAAUGUUGCCAAUGUUUUCAAGUGAACACAUUUUCCCCCCAUGUAUUCAAUAAACGUUUUCCAAUCUUCUCUAAAUGUAUGUUCUUAAUUUCUUAUUCUAUAUGUUAAAUCUGCAAGCUGUGCAUAUUCUGUCAGCUUAAGUUGCCAUUCUUCUUUAGUUGGGACUUCACUCGUUUUCCAUUUUUGAGCUAACAAAACACAGGCUGCAGCAAGAGUGGUUUUUUCAAGCAAGAUGAGGAAAGGGCUGCAGAAAAUCCUAUAUAUAGUAAUUGAACCAAGGGUGCAUAUACACCAUACAGCUUCCUCCAAAGAAUCAUGGGAACUGUAGUUUAUUCCUCACAGAGCUUCAACUCCUAACACCCUCAUCAAACUACAGUUCCCAAGAUUCUUUAGGGGAUGUCAUGUGCUUUAAAUAUGCAUUAAAUAAUGUAUGGUGGAGUUUGCAGCCUUAGAUUCCACACCACGUU